AUGGCUCGCACUCUGGCCACGAAUGAGUUGCCACCGGUCUCUGCAACUCAGGAGAUAAUUGAGAAGUCGAAAGAUUCUAUUGAGAAGUCGCCUCAUCCAGCAUAUCUACACCAUCUUGCAACCCAAAUCCAGCACAAUCUGCAAUACCAACAUUCUUGGUCGGCUCUUACAGUCCAUACUCAUUCGCCGUUGACCUCGGUCGCCCUUCCAAGACCUAUGAUAUCUGGACUCCCACCGAAGAGGGCCUAUAUCCAUCCGGAUGAACAAGUUGCUGUCAUCAAAGAAGAGCAUGAUACUGGCAAGAAAAUCGAGCAGAUUCCUGAAAGAGAGUGGGUGUUACCUACUCACAUCAAAGAAACAUUUACGCUCUCCAGUUUUGCAAAGGUAUUUAAUGCCAUUGGGGUCGUACCACCGGGAGAGAGUAGUCAGGAUGAGUACGAUGAAGAUGAUGAGAAACCCGUCGGGCACCAGUGGCAAGGUGAGAAUCGACAGAAGAGGUUACUGCUCGCAACUCUGGACGAGGACAGCACAGUCACAUACUAUAUUAUGCAUGAUGGUAUUGUUAAACCGAGACAGAACUGA